GAUGUAGAGGAAGGAGAUCUCGAUGCCCGUCUUUACGAAGAGGCUGAUCAGCUUGAUGCUGUCGCCGAACUUGGCCUGGUGCUUGCGCUCGCGCUCCUCGCGGUACGCCACGUGCAUGACCACCAUGAAAGACGGGCAGGUGACGAAGAUGAGCUGCAGGGCCCACAGGCGGAUGUGGGAGAUGGGGAAGAAGUGGUCGUAGCAGACGUUGGCGCAGCCGGGCUGCUUGGUGUUGCAGUCGAAGUCCUUCUGCUCGUCGCCCCACACCCGCUCCGCCGCCACCACGUACACCAUCACCCGGAACACGAACACCACCGACAGCCAUAUGCGCCCAAACGCCGUGGAGUACUUGUUCACCCCGCUGAGGAGGGCUUGAAAGGUCUUCCAGUCCAUGCUCUUGGCCGGCAUAUAGCUGGCCCCGAAACGCACAGAUUUCGCUCGUCUCGACUGAUCCUUGAGCGCAGGGGCUGCGCCCCGACAUGCCAGGACUGGCAGGCCUUCCUGCUUUCAUAUCUGGGGUCUUUGUUUUCGGUCUCUCAAGAUACGGCAACGCUGUAUGAAGGUGCGGGUGUUUCCGGGGUCUUUUUGCCCAUCAGCUUCAGGGUGUUGGACUCUAUCAGGUUGUUUCCGCUGGAUAAAGCGGUAGAGGAUUUCAAAGACGGAGAGGAGGAUGCAGGCCAGGCUGGUGACCACCAUGAAGAUGGUGAAGAUCCUCUUCUCCGUGGGCCGCGCGAUGAAGCAGUCCACCUUGUUGGGACAGGGCUUCUCCUCACACUUGAUGAGCGAGGGGAAGUCGUAGCCCUCGUAGAUGUGGUAGAGCAGGUAGACGAAGGUGGCGUCGACGGCUAUUUUGAAGAACAGCGUGAAGACGUAGGUCCACCACAGGCCUCCGCGCUUUUUGCCCGGGUUUUGGUAGAGACGUUGGCAGUUCUCGCCGUACUUGUUCCGGUGCUUUUUUUCCCGUUCCUCCCGGUAGGCCACGUGCAUCACCACCAGGAACGACGGACAGGUGACGAAUAUGAGCUGCAGGGCCCACAGGCGGAUGUGGGACACGGGGAAGAAGUGGUCAUAGCAGACGUUGUGGCACCCGGGCUGAGCUGUGUUACAUUUGAAGUCUUUCUGUUCAUCGCCCCAGACCUUCUCUGCUGCCACGACAAACACCAUGACUCUGAAGAGAAAUACGAUGGAGAGCCACACUCUCCCGAAAGCUGUGGAGUACUUAUUCACCCCGCUGAGGAGGCCCUGGAGGAAUGCCCAGUUCAUGACGAGGUUUGUUCACAAUCUGUCUUCUCCGCCUGA